AAAGUGGCGAACUCGCAGCUGACAACUUUUGUCUUGAACUGUGACCAAGAAUUGGGGCUGCCUUAUCAGCUUCAAACUGGGGAGCUGCCAGACCGUUGCAAGAAAACUUAACGAAUCCCGCUCUCUCUCCCUCUCUCUCAAACAAAGGCGCGCAGAGAUAAGGAGAGAGCAAGAGAGAGGCGCACUUGUCGUCCUGUGAUUUGCGCCUUACGUCUUUGGCUGCUCAACAGUUUCCUGCCAAUGUCCCGUUACGACACACCGUUACGUUAUUUCCUAUCAGCAUAACGGUAGCAACGGAUUCGGGGCCCUUUAAAUAAGUUUAAAUGCAACCACCUGCCGUUAAUCAACAAGGAUAAUCGCCCAGAUCCACGUCGUUCCCGUAUCAUAUCGCCAACGCCGCGAUUUUGUCGGUUUAACCCCGUUAACCCUGUUUUGUUUUCUGCGACUUCCGUUUCAUUUUUCGCGAGUGUUUUUUGUCGGUUAUAUAAGUGGACACAGGCACACGGGAAACACAUAUAAAUUAUUCUACGAAAGGAUACAAACAAACAGCUAGCAGCACUGCGAUGGCGUCUACUACUAAUGCACCGUUAUCACCAGCAAUUAAGCACUAACAAAAGCACCAAAAAGACAAACAAAAGAAACAGUUACUCUGAGAAAACUUUUAAACUGCAACUAAUAUUCAAACACGACGAUAAACAACAACAACAAUAGCAAGGGGAAGGCAGAAUGCUCUUUAUUUAGCGGCCAGAAAGUAUGCAACGAAAAAUGUCCAGCGAACUGUUAGUUACCUGAACGCAACACCAGGCGGCGCUAAGGAAGAGAGCGAGCGAGCGAGAGAGAGAGAGUUGGCGGAUAAUUAGAGAAAACGGAAACGGAAACACAGCACACACACACAGACACAAACAAACACAUGCACAGCACCCCUAGACACACAUAGAAUACCGCCUCUAAUAAAUCAAGAAAUAAUAAUUAUAAUAAUAAUAAACCGCAAUCAUGGCCAACACAGCACAGUUAUUGCGUCGCCAGAGCUCCCGGGAUAUAGUCCUUAAAAGCCAGAAAAGCAUUGAUCAGCUGGAAUUGAGGGAACUGCGCGGCCGCUUGGUACCCAAGGAACAUGGCGUCAGCCAUCACCAUCACACGUCGCUGCAUCUGCACCAGCCACUUUAUGGAGCCACCAAUCAGGGCUUUAUGUCCGAUGCCUUCGAUGAGUCCUCGGAACUGGAACAGGAUCCGCCGCCCUUUGGCUCCGAGGCAAGCACCUCCAAGGCCAAGGCCGAGCUGGUGGCCAAUGCUGCGGCGGCGGAUCAGCAACAGGACAUUGUGGAGGGCGAGAAGGAGGGCGAGGAGCGUGAGAGCUGGGACAGCAAGAUAAUGUUCCUGCUGGCCACCAUUGGCUAUGCCGUUGGUCUUGGCAACGUGUGGCGCUUCCCGUAUCUGGCCCAAAAGAAUGGCGGUGGUGCCUUCCUGGUGCCCUACUUCAUCAUGCUGUGCAUCCAGGGUAUACCCAUCUUUUACCUGGAACUGGCCAUUGGCCAGCGUUUGCGCAAGGGCGCCAUCGGUGUCUGGAGCCAGGUGUCACCAUAUUUGGGCGGCAUUGGCAUCUCCUCGGCGGUGGUCAGCUAUAUAGUGGCUUUGUACUACAACACGAUAAUUGCCUGGUGCCUGAUCUAUCUGCUGCACAGCUUCGAGUCACCGCUACCGUGGGCGGACUGCCCCACGCGACUCUACUCCAACUAUACGUACGACCAUGAGCCGGAGUGUGUGGCCUCGUCGCCGACGCAGUUCUAUUGGUAUCGCACCACGUUGCAGUGCUCGGAGAGCGUUGACCUGCCGGAGAACUUUAACUAUCACAUGGCCAUUGCGUUGAUUGUCUCCUGGUUUCUGGUCUACAUAUGCAUGGUCCAGGGUAUAACGUCGUCGGGCAAAAUUGUCUAUAUGACGGCCAUCUUUCCGUACGUUGUCCUCAUCAUCUUCUUCUUUCGCGGGAUCACGCUGAAGGGAGCCGCCGAUGGGGUGGCCCAUCUGUUUACGCCGCGAUGGGAGACACUGCUGGAUCCGGUGGUGUGGCUGGAGGCAGGCACCCAGAUCUUCUUCUCGCUGGGCUUGGCCUUUGGCGGUCUGAUUGCCUUCAGUUCGUAUAAUCCGGCGAAUAAUAAUUGCUACAGGGACGCCAUACUUGUGUCGCUGACAAAUUGUGGCACUUCGAUGUUUGCGGGAGUUGUGGUAUUUUCGGUCAUCGGAUUCAAGGCCACGGCCACGUUUGAUCGAUGCACCGAGGAGAGGAACGGAUUGAUAUCGCAGAACAAGACAACCAACCUGCCGGUGUGUGAUUUGCAAACGGAGUUGGCCAAUAGUGCUUCGGGCACUGGACUGGCCUUUAUUAUAUUCACGGAGGCGAUCAAUCAAUUUCCGGGCGCCCAGCUCUGGGCCGUCCUUUUCUUCCUCAUGCUGUUUACCCUGGGCAUCGAUUCGCAGUUUGGAACACUGGAGGGUGUGGUCACCUCGCUGGUGGACAUGAAGCUCUUUCCCAACCUGCCCAAGGAAUAUAUAGUGGGGGCUUUGUGCUUUUCCUGCUGCCUGAUUUCCAUGUGCUUUGCCAACGGUGCCGGCAGCUACAUCUUUCAGCUGAUGGACAGCUUUGCCGGCAACUUUCCGCUGCUGAUCAUCGCCCUCUUCGAGUGCCUAUCGAUUAGCUAUAUCUAUGGUGUGCGCCGAUUCUCGGAUGACAUCGAAAUGAUGACCGGCUCGCGGCCCAAUUUCUAUUGGAUGUUCUGCUGGAAGUAUCUGUCCCCCUGUGCCAUGGUCACCAUCCUUCUGGCCUCGUUCUAUCAGCUGCUAACCGAGGGCAGCAGCUACCCUGCCUGGAUUGCCGCCAAAGGAUCCACCGAGUCCAUGGAGUGGCCACACUGGUGCAUUGUCAUUGCCUUCUUCUUGAUACUCUCGUCCAUCCUGUGGAUACCAAUUGUGGCGAUUUUGCGCCUUUGCGGCAUCAAGGUGGUGGAGGAUUCGGAUCCUGCCUGGUUUCCCGAGGCGGAACUGAAGGAAGUCCAUGGCAUUGUGCCACACGAGCCAACCGAACUGGAGCGUAGCAUUUUCUGCUUCAACAUGGAUGGAACGGAGGGCAUGUGCUGCCCCAAAUAUGGUCUCCCCGAGAAGUCCCUGGAGGAGGAGGAGUAAACGUGACAAUAACCGAAAUAGAAACCGAUGAAAUCGUAAUGUAAAUAUGGACAAUAACUAAGCACACACACUCACCGACGUUGGGCGGCGUCGAUAUCAAAGAAAACACUCCUAUAUAUGGUCCCAAAGACUGUUAAAAAAAAAAGAAACGAAAACGAAAACGAAAACAAAAAUACAAAGAGAAACCACAAAAACAAUAAGGAAAAUAGGAAAAUAAAAACAAAAUAAAGAUAGCAAUAGUAACAACAGGAACGGUGAAAACUCGACGCUGGAUGCGCGGUUUCAUUCAAGCAGAAAGCUAAUCGUAGAAAAGAAAAAAUGAAAGAAAAAUGAAGAAAAAUCGAUAGAGAAAUAUUUCCGCAUAACUUCAUUAGCAUGUGGCAAAAUCGUAAUCAUAAAAUCAUAAUUAUACCGGUAUUAUGAUUAUCGCUUUCCAUUUGCCAGGCCAGCCCUUGUAGGGGCUCUACAUAUCCGAUUUCGUAUAGCCAUAUUUGAUUUCGAGCCCAAGAAGAGAAACCAACUGUAACUUGCUGACUAUAUAUAUAUACAUACAUAUACGAUAUACACAAUAACUACUGUAUGCUAUUGAUUUCGACUCGAUUAAUGUUAAGCCAUAACCAUAUCAUGCGGGCAUUGGGCACCACCUAUAAUAUACUAUAUACUAUAUAUAUUAUCAGCUAUAUACCUAUAUUCAUUCUCUGUUGUGAUCAGCUCUUGGCUUUCUGUGUUUAUUGUUGUUAUCGAGGAUACUGUUGCUCAUAUCACAUCCGAAACUAUGCUAGCCAAACUUUAAAGUCUCAGUGUUAUAGGGAACGAUGGGGGAUAUAUAUAUUAUGUUUUGCUCCAAUCGAAAGUUAUACCACAUUACUUGUUGACCGCCAUAACAUAGCUCUCCACUCCACUGUACUUAUGAUCUACACACUCGAGAUUAGUUAGGAACUGGGGAUCGCAUCUAUAGGGGAGUAUAUCCCUAGAUAUAUAUAUAUAUUUACAUUUACAUUUACAUUUACAUUUAACAAAACGCAAACGCAACCGUUCAACUAGCCCAAAAAAGAAAUACAAAUGAAAAUAUAUGGAAGAGGAGGAACUCUAUAUAUAUAUACAUAUACAUAACUGGAGAAGGCUUAACGAAACGACUCACGAUAUCAUUCCAUCAUGGACGAACUAUUAUACAAAUUAAUGAAAAAUAUAUAAGCCUAUAUAGUAUAUAUUUGUGUCUGUUGAAAUUUGGUUAGAGGGUGGCUGGGUUACAGUUGGGGGUUAAGUUUUAACCUUUAACCUUAAGCAGACACCCGAUAGCAAUUGAUUUCGCUGUAUUAUAAAUUCAACAUUUAUUUGUGGUAUAUUUAUACAUAUACAUCGAUAUAUAUAUUAUAUACAUCUAUUUAGAAGGAAAGAACAAAUAUAUAUUAUACAUGUAUUAAGUGUUAUUGAUGUUGACAAUAAAAGAAACCCAUAAGAAACGAGUUUUAAACAAAGAAAAAUGAAUAAGAAACAAGUGAGAUAUAGACAAACUUCCGAUACACACACAACCACCCACAGUUUGCUAAAAACAAAACAAAAAAAAUAGAGUAUGAUAAAAGCAAAACGUAUAAAUACAUAUAAAUAUAUUUACGGCGAAGCAAUAAUUAUUAGAUUCGAUAUUAUUCCGAUUAUUGUUGUUAUCGAUUAUUUUGCUCGCUCUCGAAAAUGUCUCGUAAUUGAUGUAAAACUCACUCAUUCGUACUGAUCAUGAUAAUGCUAAUAAUUUACUAAUAUUUAAUUCGCAACUGAUAAAUUAUAAAGAGAAUUCCAACUAAAAAUGACAAUAAACAAUAUAAAACUAA